GCCCGUGGGCGGAGGAGCCGGGAGGCGGGAGGCGGGAGGCGCCGGGGCCGUUUAAGCGGCCUCCCUCCCGCCCCCAGCCGCCGGGUCUGGCCCCGGCCCUGUCCCGAUCCCCGGCCUGGCCCACUCAAUCUUGCCUCGCCGAGCGGUCCGCCAGGCAAGCGGGCGGCCUCCGGAGCAGCCCAAGCCGAUGAGGGCCGCGCGCCCUGCGGCCGGCGCGGACGAGACGGAGCUCCCGGCCCUCGAGGAGGAGCGGAGGAUCAAUGCGGUUCAAGAAUCGAUUCCAGCGGUUCAUGAACCACCGGGCCCCAGCCAAUGGCCGCUACAAACCAACCUGUUACGAACAUGCUGCUAACUGUUACACACAUGCAUUCCUCAUCGUUCCGGCCAUCGUGGGCAGUGCCCUCCUGCAUCGGCUGUCGGACGACUGCUGGGAAAAGAUAACCGCAUGGAUUUACGGGAUGGGCCUCUGCGCCCUCUUCAUCGUUUCCACAGUAUUUCACAUUGUGUCGUGGAAGAAGAGCCACUUAAGGACAGUGGAGCAUUGUUUUCACAUGUGUGAUAGAAUGGUUAUUUAUUUCUUCAUUGCUGCUUCUUACGCUCCAUGGUUAAAUCUCCGUGAACUUGGACCCCUGGCAUCUCAUAUGCGUUGGUUUAUCUGGCUCAUGGCAGCUGGAGGAACCAUUUAUGUAUUUCUCUACCAUGAAAAGUAUAAGGUGGUUGAGCUCUUUUUCUAUCUCACAAUGGGGUUUUCUCCAGCUUUGGUGGUGACAUCAAUGGUGUGCUUACCUGCGGUGUGGUUGCCUGUCCAUCUGCUUCAUCGUAACACAGACACCGUCAGGAUCCACCCGCUGGCUAUCUGUCACUGUCCGCCUUGGAGUUCAAGGGAAAUCGGGAAUUCUCCAACACUGCUUUGGAGCCUAAGAAACUAAAACAUUUGCGAUCCUCAUUUGAUACAAACCACCUAAUUCCAAGAAUGACCAGUGCUCAAAAAGAGUUUUCUCAGCUACCAUUUCACACGGCAGUGAACUUGGAUGGUCCACAGUGCAUCGAUUCUCCACUUAAAGAUACUCCUUGUCUUUGCCACUUAAUAAUUCUGCAGCCAUUGGUCUUUUUACCUAUAAAAACGCCAACUUUGCGUGUCCACCUGUGUCUCUUACUGAAUACCGCUUAUUCAGUUCUGUUUCAGAACUUGGCCAAAGGUCUUACUUAUUUCACUAGUUGUAUACCUGAACAACGCAUUUCGAUUCUAAUGCUCUCCCACUUCCUGCUGUCAUCUGUGGCCCGGGACAAAAUGAAUACCUAGUAGGAAUAUCCUACUGGUCAGGUUUCCCAAGACUAGGACAUUAUGACAGAAGCUUUGUGGGUGGACUGACCAGGAGACCACCAGGUCAUUAAAGAAUUAGGUACUCUGGAGGCAGGAGACUAGAAAAUCCCAUUGAUGAAAGGGUGUUUUAAUCUAGCACAAAUUGUUUCUUUGCAAUAACAGCAGAAUCUCUUGACAUUACACAACUUUGUGAAACAAAAGAAAAAUCAUCUUUAAGGUCAAAACACCCAUCAAAUUAGAAACCAUACACAUAACACCGAUAUCAACCUUAUAUUGCAUAAGACGCACGUGCCCACAGAGGAGAACAGAAUUGUUUGGGGUGCUUGCAGUGAUAUUUCAUUCCAGGAACUCAUAACUUUGAAGUGAACAUUUUCGUGGCAGAUGCUUUUCCUAAAAAAACAGUGUAUCAUCCAAUAAAUAUUUGACUAACAUCCACUUUGUGCUUUUGGGUGACGUUAACUGACUUCUUUCUGAGACCUAAUGGGAAACAAGAAAGCUCCUUCUAUAUUUUAGAGCGGGAUUCGUCACACCAAGCUUCGAUACUGUCAUAAAAUUUUAAUUUAAAGCAAAAAACAUGCUGAUGUAUCAGUGAUAGGCUUAAAAUAUUAAAGACUUCAAAAACCCCCAAGCGCUUCUUCUCUGUACAACAUUGAUGAAUAUAUAUCUUUGCUAUAUAAUUUUAAAACAUGGAAUAGUUUUCCUUUUCUCUUUGCUAUAUAUAAUAUAUGUCUUCCAAAAUACAUCGUCAGUAUUUAUAUCUGAAAAAUACUGUACAAAAAAGAACUUCCUAUAAUUACUCUGUAUAAACAUUAAACAAUUUAAUAAUCUCUCCUUUUGGUCUAUAGUAAACAUUUAAAUUGGUUGGAUUAACCACAGUUUGUGACAACACCAUCCUCUUCUGAGAUACACCAGUGUCUUUUACAUUCAUUUUUCAGAAGUCCACUUUCUAAGAGCACAUACGUUCAAAAAGCAAACAGAAAAUAAGAAACAUAAGCUCCAGAAUCAUUAAUUUAUGAAGCAUUCAAAAAUGACACCACUAGGAUAAAGGGUCUUACAAAACAUCAACUUAUUAACUUAAUUAACUGAUUUUUAAAAACAGCAAGGUAUAAUUCACAAAAAUAUAUAUAUUACAAAAAAAUGGGGAAAACUGAAUCUUAAGUAAUUGUUUUGAGUAUCAAGAGGGAUAUGGAAAAAGGUAACUAGAAAAGUGGGAGGGUGAGGGGACUGGAGAGGGGAGAAAACAAAGCCAAACAUAUCAAUGUCCAAAGCUGUUCCAAGAUGCAAUUUUUUUUUUGGCUCCUACACUGAUAAAUUAACCCCUCGUUCUGAGACCUGGCAUUUCCCUCUGCUUCCCUGUCCUGGGGAUGUUCUGGGCAUGCUCAAAUGCAUUACUGUAAUUUUUGUGUUUUAAAAGACAGUGAAAUUCUUAGGGAACAUAUCCUAUGUCCACUAGUAAUACUCAGGCAGCAUGCUCUAGCGCACAAUAGGAUUAUUGCUUUAGGUACAGACAGUGCAAAAACACACUCUGUGUUCUAGAAUAGUACUCUUACUUACCUGGGGUUGGUAGAAUUAAAAGGAAACUUAGUAGAUAGCAGUAAGUAAAUAUGGGAUCUAAUAAAUCUAAACAGCACUUUAAAUUUGAAGACAAAUAUCACCAAAACUGAAAAUAUGAGGAAAGCAACCUAUAACUGAGAGAGAGCGCUGCGGUGUAGUGCUAAGUGAUUUUUGUGCACCUUAUUAGCAUGGUAACUUACAGAUUACACAGAAACAAGAGCUCGUAGUCUUGACAACUGAGAUCUACUAGUUUACCAGGGCCCUGCUUGGUGAAGCGGGGCAGAUGGUCCUGGAAGAGUAGGCGGGAGCCACCGGGGAGCGACGCCGGAAGGGGCAGGAGUGGAGAAGGAGGGAGAGGCAGGAGACCCCAGGAUGGGGGGGGGAUCCCCGCAGUCCAGUAAAAACAUGGCACCUUUCUUUUUCGGAACUGAA